AGGAGUUUGUUAAAAAAAAGGAUGAGCUCUCGGCUCAAGGGGGGUGCCUGUUAUGGGGUGAUCGGGUGGUAAUCCCUGAGAAAUUGAGGGGAAAGGUACUGGACCUCCUCCACGAGGGCCACCCAGGGAUCGUCCGAAUGAAGGGGCUAGCAAGAAGCUAUGUGUGGUGGCCACUCAUGGAUUCAGAGAUUGCUGAGAGGGUAGGGAAAUGCCAGGCUUGCCAAGAGUCCAGACCCCUACCUCCAACGGCCCCAGUCAGGGAAUGGGAAAAACCCCAAGGGCCCUGGUCCAGAAUACACAUUGAUUUCGCUGGCCCUUUCCACGGCCAAACUUUUCUAGUGGUUGUUGACGCAUUCUCCAAAUGGAUGGAGAUCGUACUCAUGAGAUCCACUACGGCCGAGGCAGUAAUAGCAGCCCUGCGCCACUUAUUCGCAACCCACGGGUUGCCUGACACUCUGGUGUCCGACAACGGGCCGCAAUUCACGGCGGCCCAAUUCGAAGAAUACUUGGCAGAGGAGGGCAUCCGACAUGCCCUCUCUGCGCCUUUCCACCCUGCGUCGAAUGGCCUUGCAGAGCGUUCCGUCCGGAGCGCUAAGGAGGCACUGUCCAGGCUCAAGCCAGGUGACUGGCAAACAAAGAUAGACUUUUUCCUAACGGUUCAGCACAGGACCCCAAGCACGGCUACCGGGAAAAGCCCAGCCGAAUUACUAAUGGGACGCAAACUCCGGUGCCCACUUGACCGAUUGAAUCCCCAUUACACACCAGAGGGUUACAAGGGGGAACUAGAAAAAACAAGGGAACUGAGCAUAGGUGACCAGGUGUGGGCCCGAAACUAUGGGGACGGCCCUAGUUGGUUCGCAGGACAAAUAAUAAAGAUAACCGGCCCAAAAUCGUACGUGGUAGAGCUACCCGACAACCGAGUGUGGAGGCGCCACAUAGAUCAGAUAAGGAAACGCAUAACUGAUCAAACCGAACCAAAUGAAACAAAUCAUGACCAAUGCCAAUUUGAAUUCACAGCUGACAAUGACCCGGGGGAGGCGCAAGACUUAGCUGAGGUCCCAGAGUCCACUUGUGGCCAGAUGCCAUGUGGCACAUCAUGCCAGUGCCACCGCUUGUGGAAGGAUGCUGCGUGGCUCGUCAUGCUGGUGCCACUUGCGGCAGGAAGCCACACAGCACAUCAUGGGGGUGCCGCCACCCACGGCAGGAAACCCUGUGGUGUAUUGUGCCAUCGCACAUGCGCUAUGCGGCCUCCUGCCUCGAGCGGCAGCACCAGCAUGGUGCGCCAUGUGGCAUCUGGCCGUGAGGGGCUGCAAGCGGCCGCAGAAGUCAGGCAGCAGGGUGACAAGCGUCAGGGCGUGGAAGGCCUGGCUGCAGCGGUCCUAACGUAA